UCAGUCUGGGAAGGACGGCAUCCCAUGGGCAGGACCCCACGUGGAGCAGGGGCAGAGAGUGACCGAGAAGGUGUGGUGGAGAUGAAGCGAAGCAGUAGGGACUGACCACAGCCCCCUCGGGGGGAGGAGAAAAGAAUGAUGGAUUUCAAAGAGGAAAUUAAACCCAUUUCUGAUGUAUGUAUUAAAGAAACCAGUUCUGCAUUAUCUACAAGAGCAGGAAUGUCAGAUCUUCAAGGACCACUGGUGCUUCCUGAGCUACCUGAACUGGCAGCCCAUGAGACUCACCACAUCUUUGUCAGUUAUAGCAACACUGAUUCAGCCUGGUCAAGGAACUUUAUCCAGAGUUUAGAGACUGUGAUUCCUAAUCUGAAGGCGUGUUAUCAUGAGAGAGACUUUAUACCGGGUAAAACCAUAAUUGAAAACAUGGUUGAAUCCAUUCAAGGAAGCCAGAAAAUAGUCUUAGUUCUCAGCCCUGACUUUGUCCAGAGCAGGUGGUGUCUUCUGGAAGCCAAUCUGUCUGUCUUCCAAGACUGUUUGGGAAGGAAGCCUGUGAUCCCCAUCAUGUUAGUGCCCUGUUUUGUGCCACUACACCUCACCCAUUUGACUUAUCUUGACACCAAUGACGUCCAAUUUUUAGAUAAAGUUGUCAAGGUCAUUUGCACUCCCAAUGACAAGAUGAGGAAUGCCACCAUGGUUCCUUAUAGCCCUCCAUCUCUCUACAAUGGGAAGUCCCUCCUGGCUCUACCUGCAGUGGAUGACCAGGUCAUUCCAAAAUGGAGAGGAGGCACAUUCAGUGAGGCACUGCCUGACCAGCUGAGUAUAGUCUGUGAAGAUACUGAGGUCUACAGAAAGGCCAUCCAGAUGAUUAAUGAGGUAUCUUCUAGGGUAUCACCUUGUACCUCAAUCAGUGUUGUCUCCGGGAUAUCAGUUUGCAUAUUGGGAAGCUUAUUUUUGAUGAUUGGUAUCUUCUUAUUUGUUGGGUUUGACCAGUACUCUGGUGAUUCUUAUACAAUUUUCCUGGGCUGUAUUAUGAUCUUUGCAACUCUGUGUACCUUUUCUGUUUUUGUUAAUUGUGCCUACAACUACAAAAUCAAAUCAGCUGAUGAGAAACUUCUGGAGAUGUCCCAAGCUGCUGGUGAGGCCAACUCACUGCUGAUAAAGAAUUCCCUUCUGGUUGGCUGUGAUUCCCAACUGAAGCUCCAGUUAGUCUACAUCUCCCUCGAGGGGUGCAGGAGUCACUUCUCAGAGAUUUUUAGAGAGGGAGAACCCUCUGCUGAAGAGAUGUUCCAGAGAGCCUUGCACUAUUUCUCCUCUGAUUAUGCCUGUUGUGUAGCCAAGAAGCAUUUCCAGUUCUCUUUCUUGGGGACAACACCAGGACACUGGGAUAAAGGGCCUUGUUUUUGCCAGUUUGUUUUCCACUGUAUGGAGAAAGGGUCCUGGUACUGGAAUAGUGAUUAUCAUCCAGAUAAAAGAGAACUGGAUUUAGGUUAGAUGCUGGUGAGGUUAUACUUUGAGCAGCAGGCAAGAUAAAUAUGUAGCGGACACUGGUAUCACUGUAUCACUGGUCCUUUUUUGUCUUGACAAAAAAAGAGCUUUGGGUAUAAGAAAGAGAAAGGGAUUGUAUUCUAUUUCCAUUUGACCCUCGAAGAAAUUCAACACUAAGGUAUCUGCAGGCAAAAUAUCUAUGGUGUCAAUGUCACAGGAAAAAAAAAGUCAUUUCUUCAUCUACUAAGGUAGCUACACUCAAGUACAGCCCACUUAUAUACUGCCGACAGGACAAAGGUUAGGGGAAAAAGAAGCAUAAACCACAAGGUGGUUGGCAGUGCAGACAUCUAGGCGUACAGAAGGUGUCUUGCUGAAGGCUAAUAAGGGGAAAAAUGUUCUCCAAAGAACAUCAUUUCCCCUCCAUUUCAGGCUUAUUUGCAGGGGAGGUAAAGUAAGUCAAAGAGAAGGCUGGUUGAUUUACUGUCUCUUGAGCACACCAUGUUCUUUAUUACAUGCCCUCUAAUUAAUCAUUUCUGUAGGUUGUACAAAUACAAACUGGACAAGUGCUCAUCUUCAAGUCUAGUCUUGAUAAAGCCCAUAAGGAAUUGCCUUGAUGUAUGCAAGGGUGGAGUAGGAAAAAAAAAAAAGUACUUGUGAAAAGUGCGGUAGUGGGCAGAACUGAACAGCAGUGGAAUUACCAGAGAUUGCUCAUCCCUUCUGGAGAGCAAGCAUCUUUAGAUACAUGAUGUAUGUGAUGCUCCCCUUUCUUUCUGGCCUGGAGAGCUCCAGUGAGAGCAGCUGGGAAACUCCAGUUGUCUGUCAGAAGGAUGAAACCUCAUCUCAUCCUUUUCAGGGGCAACAUUUUUAGUCCACACAGAGCAUUUACCAGGCUGAUUUCUUGCUACAUCAAGAAGUUCUCUCUUCAGCACCUGAUUGACUCUGUGAACUGCAGUGGUUACUUUCAGAUAGCAGUUAUCAGGUAUAUACAUUUACAAGAAAAGGGAGUGGAUGUUAUGCAGGGGCCUGUCUUACUGUGGCAAGGACAGGGUCUUAAAAUAACUGCUGAGAGGAGCCUGGGACAGUUGCACUGUUACUCUGUUAGUGUUGGGCACCACAGCUUGUGUGACUUCUCAAACUGAAAUUGCUGUCUGUACUGAGCUAUUCUAUGAU